AUGGGAAGGUUGUAUGGCAGGAUAUUAAAAGAGAGAGUAGAAGAGAGCUUUAAAGAAAUAGAAGAACAAGGUGGUUUCCGCGCUGGGCGUUCUUGUAUAGACAACAUAUUUGUGUUACAACAAAUAAUUGAAAAAAGGAGAGCUCGAAAUUUGGACACGCAUCUGGUGUUUAUAGAUUUAGAGAAAGCCUAUGACAUGGUGCCUUUGAAGAAAUUAUUUGAAAUCUUGGUUGAGUCAAAUAAGGCAUUGAAAAACUGGAGAAGGAAGAGUAGAGCUAUAGGAAUAGAGAUUGACAACCACUAUCUAUCGACCUUGUUCUUUGCAGACGACCAAGUUAUUGUUGCAGGUUGUGAGGAGGAUGCCGACUAUAUGUUCAUGAAACUUGACGAAGAAUACGAUAGAUGGGGACUCAAUAUCAACCUCACAAAAACCGAAUACCUGAAAGUAGGAGAAAAACAAACUGAAGGCAAUUUACAGCAAAAGAAAGAAGGAUGGUCGAGUCAGUGGAGAUGGACUUUCUCAGAAGAGCAUGUCGAAUAUCAAGGAUGGAGCACAUUAGAAAUGAGGAGAUCAGGCAAAGAACAAGGUGAAUAUAAUAUACCAGCACCGACAACAUCAAAUUGA